UGCACAGACAAGAAAUGUCUAUAUAUAAGGAGGAAGAGCCACAAUGCAGUAAAUCAUCCUUCACUUAGACACAUAAUUAAUCAUCUUAGAGUUUGUUUCCCUAGCUAGUACUACAUUGUCUCCAAUCCUCUUCAUUGUUAACGAAAAAUGGGUUACUCCAAGACUUUUCUUCUCCUUGGCCUUGCCUUUGCUGUUGUGCUCCUCAUCUCCUCCGAUGUCUCAGCUUCUGAGCUUGCUGUUGCCGCUCAAACCAAGGAGAAUAUGCAAACUGACGGUGUGGAGGAGGAUAAGUAUCAUGGCCAUCGUCACGUGCAUGGACAUGGGCAUGGACAUGUACAUGGGAAUGGGAAUGAACAUGGACAUGGUCAUCACCACGGCCGUGGUCACCCAGGACACGGUGCUGCUGCAGACGAGACAGAAACCGAAACUGAAACCAACCAAAAUUAGACCAAUCUUUUGAUUCGUCCUAUAUAUGCUAUCAGUUGUACGUACGUCUAAGUGUGUCUAAGUCGUAAUAUGUGGCUUAAUUAUCUAAUUAAGCUUGUAUGCCAAUAAACUUUAUGUUUCUACUUUUGUCAUGUGUAAUUUUUGCUUUUCUAUGUAUUACAAUGUACGCUGUAGCAUAUCAAAAUUAAACGAAUCCUUUGUCCUAUAUAUAUAUAUAUGCAACUUUUGAAA